CCCCAUUAAUGGACGAAAACCUAGUAUGGACAGAAGCUUCUAUCCCAAAAAAUUUAUCAUCAUCAGAAAUGAUGAUACCCCUACAUAUUGUCCUAUAUGGGCGUCCCGGAAAUACAGAGAUUGUAAGCACACACUUGGCUGAACGAAAGGUGUAUUUGACCGAUCCCAUUAUUUACAAUGUCGCGACGCGUUACUCAAAUCCACACAAUUCGCCACAUGGUUGCAUUUCUCAAUUGAAUAAAAACGUGAAUAACCAAUAUAGAGGUUACCAAGGAACUUAUGGAAAUACAACUACAAUGUCUCCAGAAGAAAUGAAAAAUCAAAUUGAUAAAGUAUUUGAUUCUUUAAUGAAUGCUGAAAAUAUUCCGGAGGCACAGCCUGAUCCACGCCUUAUUACACCAUUAUACAAACAUCAAAAACAAGCUCUAUAUUUUCUUUUGGAACGUGAAAAAUACAAUGAUUUCACUAACAAUGAGACCAACGCAUUGACAUCUCUUUGGCGCACGGGAACAAGUGCUGGGCGUCAUACGGUUUAUUACAAUGUCAUUACAAAUAAAGAAACAAUGGAAAAACCUCAAAUGAGGGGUGGGAUUGUUGCAGAUGACAUGGGGCUUGGUAAAACCAUACAAAUAAUCGCAUUGAUACUUAGUACACAAAAUGAAGCACUCAACUUCUGUCAGAAUUCUGAUGAAGCGUGUGUUUCGAAAACCAUGAUCGAAACUUCAACAUCUGGUUCACAUAUAACGGCUAGUAGUCACAACUUCGCAAGUAAAUCCCACACUUCAUCAACAUUUUUAAAACAGGAUCAUUUAAUAAGAUCUAGAGGAACCUUAAUAAUAUGUCCUCUUUCGGCUGUAUCAAAUUGGGAGGAACAGCUUUCUAGUCAUGUUCAAGAAGGUGCAUUGAGUUUAUAUGUAUAUCAUGGAGGGGCCCGAAUUUCAGACCCUUCUCUUCUAGUAAAUUACGACAUUGUGAUUACAACAUACAACGUUUCUGGAACAGAGUACAGUAAACAGUCACGGGAAAAUAGCUCUAUACCUAGUGCUUUGCAAAAGAUUCAUUGGUUCCGAAUUGUGUUAGAUGAAGCGCACAUUAUUAGAGAUGUUAAUACAGUACAGAGUAAGGCUGCACAUUCUUUGAAGUCAGAACGACGAUGGUGCUUGACGGGGACACCUAUUCAAAAUAAGGUGGAUGAUCUUUUUGCGCUUAUCAAAUUUCUACAUAUGCAUCCUUUUGAUGAAAAAGACAAAUGGAAUUAUUAUAUCUCGCGUCCGAUAAAGUCAAUUGACCUUGUUGGCAUAAGUCGGCUACAAAUUUUGAUGAAAUGCAUUACCCUCCGCAGAACAAAAAUACAUGAUGGAAAGCCCUUGUUAUCUUUGCCACCUCGUAACUAUUAUAUACGAUAUCUUGAACUUAACGAGUACGAACGUAAAUUGUAUGAUAAAAUAUAUUGUUCACAAGCUGAACAGUUCAAAAGAUUAGAGCAACAAAAUAAUAUUAUGCAACAUUACGUGAGCAUUUUACAGUCUAUAUUAAGAUUGCGUCAAAUUUGUGCACAUUUUGCCUUAGUCAAAGAGUCAGAGCUACUGGAUGAUUUUGGAGGCAAGGCUGUUAGUGAUGGUUUAACCCCUGCAAGAGGAAUGAUGUUGCUUAACCUUGUCAGAGAAAGUGGCAUGGAUCAAUGUGGUUCUUGUAUGCAGGAAUUAGCACAAACUUCCAUUGUGACGAAAUGCGAACAUUUGUUUUGUAUGGAAUGCGCAACAAAGGUGAUGGGUGAUAUAUUAGUAUCAACAAAUUCAAUAACAAAUUCAUGUAAGUCGCCCGCAUUUGUUGCUUGUCCUUCAUGCGGACACAUUCUAGGAACAUCUGAUGUCCUUGAAGUCAAUGAUUCAAAAAAUUUUGAAAAUAAUUAUCAGUUAAGAACUGAUAGAGAAAAAAACAUACAUAGUACCAAAGUAGAAGCUUUAGUCACUGAUUUAUUGCAAGCAAAGGUUGAUGGCAUUAAAAGUGUUGUAUUUUCACAAUGGACUAGAAUGUUGGACUUGAUUGAGGACGCUUUGAAAGAAAAAAAUAUUCUUUUUACACGGCUAGAUGGCACUAUGAGUCGAGCUGAACGUACACAUAAUAUGGACGUUUUUAAGCAGAAAAAUGACGUGAGCGUCAUACUCGUUUCAUUAAAGGCCGGUUGUGUUGGCGAUAAGAAUCCUAUUAAUUCAAAGUUUAUCCAUGUUCAUAGAUUGAAUUUAACAAGCGCUCAAAGAGUAUAUCUUAUGGAUCCUUUUUGGAAUCCAUCAGUAGAAAGUCAAGCGAUUGAUAGAAUUCAUCGAUUAGGACAGACCUCUGCUGUGGAUAUAAUUAAAUUUAUUAUUCAAGAUUCAGUGGAAGAAGGUAUUUUAGAACGGCAACGUCGCAAAUUAGAACUUGCAAAGUUGACAUUAUCCAAAAAAUUGAGUAAAGAAGAAAUUGCAAAACGUAGAUUAGAAGAUUUGAAAAUUUUGUUCAAAUAA